CGCUCCCGCCGCCCCCUGCCCGGAGCGGGCCGGCCCGGCUGCACCAUGGCCGGGCAGGAGUGGGAUUGGUUCCAGCGCGAGGAGCUGAUCGGGCACAUCAGCGACAUCCGAGUGCAGAACCUCCAAGUGGAACGGGAAAAUGUACAGAAGAGGACCUUUACAAGAUGGAUAAACCUACAUUUGGGAAAGUGCAAACCUCCUCUGAAAGUGAGAGAUUUGUUUAUGGAUAUACAAGAUGGGAAAAUCUUGAUGGCACUACUGGAAGUCCUGUCAGGACAAAAACUGAUGCAUGAAUACAAAUCUUCAACCCAUCGCAUUUUUCGUUUAAACAACAUAGCCAAAGCACUUAAGUUCCUGGAGGACAGCAAUGUAAAGCUUGUUAGCAUUGAUGCAGCAGAAAUAGCAGAUGGAAAUUCCUCUCUGGUACUUGGACUAAUAUGGAAUAUAAUAUUGUUUUUUCAGAUUAAAGAGCUGACAGGCAACCUCAACAGGAACUCCUCCUCGUCCAGCCUCUCUUCUGGGCCCAGCGGGCUGGAGUCAGACACAUCAUACCCCAGCACUCCUAAUGUAGAAAGAAGCAUGUCUGUCACAGUGAAGGAUCAGCGAAAAGCCAUCAGAGCCCUUUUAUUCUGGGUUCAGAGGAAAACCAGAAAAUACGGUGUUGCAGUUCAGGACUUUGCCAGCAGCUGGAGGAGCGGCCUUGCCUUCUUAGCUGUCAUAAAAGCAAUAGACUCCACUUUGGUAGACAUGAAGCAUGCAUUGGAAAAAUCAGCACGAGAAAACUUGGAGGAUGCUUUUAGCAUUGCACAAAACAAGCUGGGUGUUCCUAGGCUUCUAGAGCCAGAAGAUAUAAUGGUGGAAUCCCCUGAUGAGCAGUCCAUUGUGACCUAUGUGGCCCAGUUCCUUGAACAUUUCCCAGAGCUGGAGGGAGAAGACUUUACAGAUCCUGAGAAGGAGCUUCCAAUUGAAUCUACAUAUGUUCACAUCAAAGACACGCCUUCAGAAAAGGAAAGCAAAAUCUUGAUUUUAAGGGAAAGUGACAAAAAUAUGUACACUGUUAAUCAUGAAAGGAGUCACCCCGCUCCUCCAAAGGUUCAUAUUCAUGAUACCCCUGAGAGAAUUCUGUCAGAAGCUGUUCCUGAAGCAUGUAAUGGCAAAUUGAGUCAAGUGUUAGGCGAUUCUCAGGAAAUCUCUGAAGAUGAGCCACAAAGGCCGACUUCACUGAAAAUUACAGGAUCUGUCAGUUAUGAAUCAAAUUCCUCCUGGGAAGUUCUUAGUGAUAAGUUGGUGCCAGGUGAUAGUGGCAUAUCUGAUGAUCCACUGAAGCAGAGUGAUGACCUUUCUCCAGCUGUUCUGACAGAUCAGAAAAAUUCCGUUGACUCUUUUGAAGACUAUUCUGAAGAAUUAACAAAAGAAACCUAUACUGAAUACGACAAUGAAACAAAGAGCCUUUCAGCCAAUACUUCUUCUUUAAGUCCAUUGUCUUGGACUUCAGGUAUACUUACAGAUGAAUCUAUAAAUAGAGUAGAAGAGAGCAAUUCCCAAAAUUCAAUUAUUUUACCAGAAGUUACUUCUAAACAAGAAGAUACACAUAAGUAUGUUCUUCACCUUCUAAAUGAGGAAGUGCUGAAACAGCCAGAAAAUGAACAUACAAAGCAAUCGCCUGUUCUGGAGACAACAGAAAAUAACCAUUGUUCAUUGAAUGGUUCUAAUCUCAAAAGCCAAGAAAUAUCUACGCUGCUAGAAACAUCUGAUGACUCUCUCUCAGAUGGACCCAAUAAUGGAGAAGACUCAGACAGUUGUGAUGAAGAUGAGUCUUCAGCAGAAGUGCUACUCAGUUCUUCGAAAGUGUCUGUAAUACCCCAUGAUCUGUUCUAUUAUCCACAUUAUAACGUUCCCAUAUCAGCGGUUUUGGAUGCUUAUGUUGAGCCUUGUCUUGAAAGAUACGAUACUCAAAAUGACAAAUCUUUUCCUGAAACAGUAACAGAUAUUUUACAUGAGAAAAGGAUACCGGAAGAGGGCUACAAGGAAGAUGAUCCAGAGCCAGGCUUAGGGAAUAAUGAUGAUGUCCCUUCAUUGGAAAUGGGUACUGAGAAUGGAGAGGAGGAAACAGUAGAUAUAAACAGUCAUAGCAGUUCUUUCUAUGAAAAAGAACUGCCAUUACUAAUAGGAGAGAUAGAAAUUGAAAUAGACAGCCAAAAAGCCACCGGCAAUGAAGAUUCCAUAAUUCUACAGCAUCCUGAGGCCAUAGGAGACAAUCUGGAUGACUUUGCAACAGUGGGAAUAAGACUGGAAGAAAGUAGUAAUGGGCAGGAAAAAAAGGAAAAUAUGAUGGAAGCAGAAGACUUACAGAUCUCAGAAGUUGGGCAUACUACACUGUUAGAUGAUGAACUGGAAGAAAUUGCUAAUAGCCAGGAAUUGACCAGAACUUGUGGCAAUGAUUCCAGCAUCUUUCUCCGAAGAAGGUUUCCUGAUUCUUCUGAGAUGGAAACCUCUGGUAAAAAGGAUCAGAAGAUGACAGAAAUGGGUGAAAAUCUCUUGAUCACUGGGAUGAAAAAGGAAGUGGAAACGCACGAGACUGCAGCACCUCCUUGCCAGACUCCAAGCAUUGAGCAAUCAGAGCUAUUCUACUUCAUCAUUUUCCUCUGGGUGCUUGUCUACUGCCUUUUAGUCCUUCCACAGCUUUUUAGCUUCAAAGUGUGAUCUCUGUGAGGUGUGUACAAAUAAAAGACGGUAGCUUGAUUGCUUUGUGUAUCUACAUAUAAGUAUGUUAUUUCAGGUGAAGCACAAGCAGAAAUAUAGGACCUGGUAUUUGUAUUUACUAUCAGGUUCUCAUCAGUUCCUCUACUGUUGUGCUAUGACAAUGUCUAAGCACAUUUUAUAAUACGACAGUUGUGUAAAUAUAUAUAAAAAUGACCUGAUUCAGUAGCUGCAAUUUUGUACAUUUGUGCCUUGCUUUAUAAGAUGCUAAAUAAAAAUGGAUGAUUAUCAGUAGAACUAUGAACAAUUCAGAGCUCUAAUCAUCAAAAAUUAUUCUUCUGGCUUCAUUUACCUGCGAACGGUUCAACACCAGUGGAAGACUUGUUGUUGGCUUGCCCAUUAAUCUGGCCCUCCUGAAAGAGCAAGGCUUGAAAUGCUCUUUUUCCGUGGAGUUCUUUGAGAGGUGGAGGUAGAGCCGAGUUGGAGUUGAGACAUUCUUGCUGCAGGAAUUUAACUAUAAUCCUAGUGGCAAUCCAGUGGAGCAGCAAAAUCAGGUGGAGGGUUUUUGUGGAGGGAAGAUUGUUUUUUUAGGAUGUAAAUUCAUUUUUACUCAAAACCUGUUAUGCUUAAAUUGCAGGAACAAAUUGGGUGUAGAGCAGUGGGGGAUCAUGUGAGAAAUCUUAAUCCAGAUAUUUCUGUACAGAGUACCUGAAGAAAUACACUUUGUAUGUUACUGAUGGUGGCAAUCUUUGAGAAAGAUCAGGAACAGAUAGGUGGUUUUUGUUUGUUUGUUUUUAAUACUGUGAGACAGUAUCUCUGUUGUGAGACAGCAUCUGAUUCCUUUUUUCUGAUGCUUUUAUUUACCAGAUCAUGUGAUCACUUUGUCUUUUAAAGAUACAAAAUAUGACAGGUAGUCUAACUUCUAAGGCUACUGUUGAAGCACAAGUGCAUUGUUAUGAAAGAGUUAGAAAUAUUCUUUAAGUGUAUAAAUCAAUGACGAGUGUAAAACUCAAUAUAGAUAAAUGCUGACAGCCUUUGUUUACUCUCUAGUUUAACUGGAUAGACUUCUGUGCACAGACAUAGUUAAGCCAUUUCUACCUCUUAACUUUUAGCCACAUCAGCAAUCACUUUAGGGUAUUUGAUUUAGUUUUUCAGCCAGAGGAAGGGUACCAGUGCACUACAGGAUGAAAGAUAAUUCUUCAAAUUCAGUUCAAUUGCAAUAAUUUCUUAGUUAUCAAUGGAGAUUAUCUGGAGUUCAAUUACAGUCUUUUUGGAGAAUUUUACCACUAUCAGAGUUCAGUCAAGGAGAAUCAUUUCCAUUUUGUCUUCUCUCUCCUAAGAAAAUGAAUUGGAAGGAGAUCUUUGGAUGUCUCACCUAAGCCACUGGCAUCCAUAAAGAAUGGAAGAGUGGGCUAUUAACUUCCAAGAAGGAGAAAACUCAUCAUUUUUUUCUUCCCUCUUGCUAAUAGUCAGUGGCUCAGGCAGCAAAAUGAGCAGUUUAUAUCUUAGAGAGCAUGCAGCAAUUGUCUUGAUCACUUCAUCCAAUCUUUAAGCUAAUGUAUACUUUCCAGCCUGGCCUGAGAAAAGAUGGAGGUUGCUUCUACUUUCUGAAGUUGGUGAAAAUAAUACUAAAUAAAUCCAUGAUACUUGGUAUUUGGCUGCUUUCCACAUUUGGAUUUGCCUGGUUUGUUUUUGUUUGUUUGUUUGUUUGAUUUUUUACUCUAACAGAAGCAGUCUAGCUUAUUCAGCCAUUCUGUGGGUAAGAAUGUCCAGAGUAGAAGAGUUACAAAUAGUACUGCUGUGGUCAGCUGACUAUGGAAACAGACUGAACUCUCAAGGAGUUCUGCCAUUAUCUAGAACUGAAAAAGAAAAAAUAAAAUAAUAUAAAAAAAAAGGACAACUGCAUGAGCAGCAGCUCCCCCCACUGAAAAUGAAUCUAAUCCCUCAAGUGCCCUCUCUGUUCUGUAAAUGUUGCUCCUUUUUGGUCCUUGUGUGCCAUUCUUAGCUUACAUUGUAAAAGCCUGACUGUGAAGCGUUCAUUGCAGCAAAGGGUUUUCUAAUGUGCUGACUCGAAGACUGUCUCAAGGCAUCUGAGAUUUUAAAGGCUGGUGGGCCAUUUUUAUCUCACCAAUAGAUAUGUGCACAGUCUGAAUAAGGAGGUUUUUCUUGAAAAAAGGCCUGGAUUUUUAAGUGCUAAGCUUGAAGUGACCUCAUUUGAUACUUUGAUUUAGUAGCAGAAUUCAGAUAUAUAUGGGUACUGAUCUGUUAAGACCAUUUAUAAAACCAGCUCUUGAUGAGCAAGUGUAUGCAUGGUAAGGUACUGUGAAGUGUAAGUGUUGGGAAGUGCUUGUAGAUUACUGGAUAAAAGGGUGUUUGGUGUUCAGAGAAGUACCAUCACAGGCUGCAAAACAGCUGUAACAGGAUGUUUCAAUGGUACUGCUGUUGUGUAACUUAACUGCAAAGUGUUUCAUUGCAAUUUUAUAGAAAGUGCGAGAAAUGGUUUAGUAUUAAAGACCAAAGCCUGCUAAACGGUUAUGGGGCAGAUGUCUUGCAGCUGAAGAAAUGAGUUAAGCAAUCACUUCAUCUACAAACUGAAAUGAAUGCAGCCUUUGCCAGGUUGUAGGAAAUGAUCAGGGCAAGUACAGAUUGCAGUUAUAAAAGAAAAAGAAAAGAAGACAAUCACUUUUUCAAUGCCGUGAAUAUUUUUGAUAGAUUGAGCUCUAAAAUGUAUUUUAAUUGAGUUUCUAGAUUAUAAUGAAUGUGUCUACAGAAUUUUAUGCAAAGCUUCAGAGUUCAGCUGUUUUAAAAAGAUGUUUUUUUAUAUAGCGGUGAUUAUUUUAUCUAUAUAUUUAAUAGAACUGUAAAACCAUUUUAAGAAUACCUGUAAAACUAUGUGUAUGUGAUAUGAUUAUUUAUUAAUUAUGACUCACAAGAAUGAACAUUGAGCUAUGCAUCAGUUGGAGCAUCCAUUUGGAAACAGAGGAAGAUCUCUUGCUGAGCAGUAGACUUGAAAGACGUGGGAAAUGAUUUGAAUGCAACUGCGUGAUCUUAGAGCUGCAUAGCUAUUUAUCAUUUUGUGAUGUUAACUUUCAUAAGUUGCAAAUUAUACUGAGUGAUGAGGCUUCUUUCUUCCAUUAAAACUUCCUGAGGCUGAAAUUUCAACAAGCUAA